CUACUAAUAAGGAUUUUUUGGGCUAGUUGGUCGCAUGUCACUAAUUCUAGACCAUUUUCAAUUCAAGUUUCAGGCCCCAGUGUGAAAAGAGACAUUGUUUUUCUUCUCGAUGGCUCUGAUGAUCUGAGAAGUAGGUUCACAGAGAUGCGUGAGUUUGUAGCAGGAGUGGUGGAAAAGUUUGACUUGGAUGAGCAAAAAGAUCAAGUUGCUGUUGUGCAGUAUGGCAACAAUGCUGCAAUUAACUUCAACCUAAAUACACAUUCAAACAAAGAGGAUGUGCUUAACGCCAUCAGAAACCUAAGACCUAAAGGUGGGAGACCUCAGUAUACUGGCACAGCCCUACAGUUUGUGAAAGACAAUGUCUUCACUCCCAGUGCUGGUAGCAGACAUCUUGAGGGCGCCCAACAGAUCCUUGUCCUUCUAGCUGGAGGCAGGUCAAGAGAUUCACCACGAGGACCUUCAAGGGCACUCAAGACAAUGGGUGUUGUGACAUUUGCAAUUGGAUCCAAAAUGACUGAUUUGGUGGAGAUGAAAGCUAUUUCCUCACAUACAGAAAAUGCUUACUCAGUCCCAGAUUUUUCAAACCUUUAUAGUAUCCAACAAAGUCUGGAGACAAGACUUGCACAAGUGAGACCACAAGAAGGAGUUAGUAUUGAGGAAGGAGAUAAUAGAAGAGACAUUGUGUUUCUUCUGGAUGCUUCAGAUAACACACAAGCUGGGUUUCGUGCUGUACGAGACUUUCUUUACAAAUUAAUUGGAAAACUCAAUGUUGGAGAAAACAAUGACAGGAUAGCUGUGGUUCAGUUUAGCAAUACAGCAGUGGCAAAUUUCUAUUUGAAUUCAUUUUUAAGGAAAGAAGAUAUGUUGAAUUUUGUGAAAGGCCUAUCACACAAAGGUGGAAGACCCCUUAACACUGGAACAGCUUUUACGUUUGUGAAAGAGAAUGUUUUUCAAACAUCCGCUGGAAGCAGACACCUGGAAGGUGUUCGACAAAUUCUGAUUCUGCUCAGCAGUGGGCAAUCCAAGGAUACUGUAGAUGAACCAGCAUCUUCUCUAAAAAACAGUGGUGUUAUUGUUCUCAGCAUUGGAACAAGAAGCUCUGAUAGUGGAGAAUUAGAAAGGAUUUCUCAAGACCCUAGUUAUGUUCUCAAAGUGUCUGACUUUACUGACCUCCCGAGCAUUCAAGAGCAGCUUCUCUCCGCCAUGAGGACUGUCCUGGUACAAGUAACACAGAUGGUACCAACAGUAAUAGGUAUGAAUGUAAAACUCAUAUUUACUUAUAUUGACGUACUGGAUCUUAAUAGAAUUGUAGGUUGGAAAUCAAGAAGCCUCGUGUUUUCAUUUAGGCAUUCACCUCUCUAGCACGGUUUAGAAUUAGACUGUUACAAUUGUACUGUGAUAAAAGUUGUAUAUAGGUCUGUGUCUUCAAGAUUGCUCACUCACAAUCAAUGAAAUGCAAAUUAAUUUGAUGAUUUUGAUGUUCCUUUAGUUGAGCGCCAGAUACCCAGAAGGGAUGUAGUGUUCUUGCUGGAUGGUUCUGAUGGCACGAGGAAUGGAUUCCCAGCCAUGCGUGACUUUGUUCAGAGGACGGUGGAGAAGCUCAAUGUGGGAGUGAACAAAGACCGAGUUUCAGUGGUCCAGUAUGGCAGAGACCAAGAGGUCCAUUUCUAUCUGAACACAUACACCACCAAAGAUGAUGUUCUUGAUACUGUUAGAGGGCUGAGGCACAGAGGAGGCAGACCCCUCAACACCGGGGCAGCUCUCCAGUACGUCAGGGACAACGUCUUUACUGCCUCGUCUGGAAGCAGGCGUCUGGAAGGCGUUCCCCAGAUUCUGAUACUGCUGAAUGGUGGGCGGUCCUUUGACAGUGUCGAUGCACCAGCCUCUGCUCUCAAAGACCUUGGGGUCUCGGUGUUUGGCAUAGGAACGAGGACCUCUGAUGGCAGAGAAUUGCAAAAGAUCUCCUCAGAGCCAAGUUAUGCCCUCUCUGUGUCUGAGUUCACUGACCUCCCCAAUAUCCAAGAGCAGCUCCUUUCCUCCAUGACUAGAGUCCUAGUACAAGUAACAACCAUGACACCGACAGUGAUAGUUGAGCCCCAGGUUCCAAGAAGGGAUGUGGUGUUCUUGCUGGAUGGAUCUGAUAGCACUAGGAAUGGAUUCCCAGCAAUGCGUGACUUUGUCCAGAGAUUGGUGGAGACAAUGAAUGUGGAUGAGAACAAAGACCGCAUUUCAGUGGUUCAGUACAGCAGAGAUGCAGCUGUCCAAUUCUAUCUAAACACAUAUACAACAAAGGGAGAGAUUGUAGAUGCUGUCAGAGGUCUAAGACACAAAGGAGGAAGACCCCUAAACACUGGAGCAGCUCUCCAGCAUGUGAGGGACAAUGUGUUCACGGCUUCCGCAGGAAGCAGGCGUCUGGAAGGUGUUCCGCAGAUUCUGAUAUUGCUGAAUGGUGGGCGGUCAUUUGACAGUGUCGAUGCACCAGCCUCUGCUCUCAAAGAACUUGGGGUCUCGGUGUUUGGCAUAGGAACCAGGACCUCUGACAGCAGAGAAUUGCAAAAGAUCUCCUCAGAGCCAAGUUAUGCCCUCUCUGUGUCUGACUUCAGUGACCUUCCAAGCGUCCAACAGCAGCUUUUGUCCUCGGUGGAGACGGUGGUUGUAGACAUAACUGCAGAAACACCAACAGUCUUAGUUGAUCAUGACACCCCCAGAAAGGAUGUAGUAUUCCUUCUGGAUGGCUCUGAUGGCACAAGGAAUGGAUUUCCAGCCAUGCGUGACUUUGUUCAGAGAAUGGUGGAGAAGCUCAAUGUGGGAGUGAACAAAGAUCGAGUUUCAGUGGUCCAGUAUGGCAGAGACCAAGAGGUCCAUUUCUACCUGAACACAUACACCACCAAAGAUGAUGUUCUUGAUACUGUUAGAGGGCUGAAGCACAGAGGAGGCAGACCCCUCAACACCGGGGCAGCUCUCCAGUACGUCAGGGACAACGUCUUUACUGCCUCGUCUGGAAGCAGGCGUCUGGAAGGCGUUCCCCAGAUUCUGAUACUGCUGAAUGGUGGGCGGUCAUUUGACAGUGUCGACGCACCAGCCUCUGCUCUCAAAGAACUUGGGGUCUCGGUGUUUGGCAUAGGAACCAGGACCUCUGACAGCAGAGAAUUGCAAAAGAUAUCCUCAGAGCCAAGUUAUGCCCUCUCUGUGUCUGACUUCAGUGACCUUCCAAGCGUCCAACAGCAGCUUUUGUCCUCGGUGGAGACGGUGGUUAUAGAAGUAACUGCAGAAACACCAACGGUCUUAGUUGAUCAUGACACCACCAGAAAGGAUGUAGUAUUCCUUCUGGAUGGUUCUGAUGGCACUAGGAAUGGAUUCCCAGCCAUGCGUGACUUUGUUCAGAGAAUGGUGGAGAAGCUCAAUGUGGGAGUGAACAAAGACCGAGUUUCAGUGGUCCAGUAUGGCAGAGACCAAGAGGUCCAUUUCUAUCUGAACACAUACACCACCAAAGAUGAUGUUCUUGAUACUGUUAAAGGGCUGAGGCACAGAGGAGGCAGACCCCUCAACACCGGGGCAGCUCUCCAGUACGUCAGGGACAACGUCUUUACUGCCCCGUCUGGAAGCAGGCGUCUGGAAGGCGUUCCCCAGAUAUUGAUUCUAUUGAGCGGGAGCCGGUCCAGUGAUAAUGUUGAUACUCCAGCCACAGGCCUGAAAGAGAGCGGAGUGUUGAUCUUUGGCAUUGGAACCCGCAAUUCCAGCACAGAGGUUCAGAGAAUUGCCAGUGAUCCAAGUUAUGCCCAGUCUGUUGCUGAAUUCUCUGCUCUCCCCAAUGUUCAGCAGCAGUUUUCCUCCACCCUCAAUAGUGUACUUGUUGGCGUCACACCAAUCAUUCCAACAGUGACAGUUGAGCGCCAGAUACCCAGAAGGGAUGUGGUGUUCUUGCUGGAUGGUUCUGAUGGCACGAGGAAUGGAUUCCCAGCCAUGCGUGACUUUGUUCAGAGGACGGUGGAGAAGCUCAAUGUGGGAGUGAACAAAGACCGAGUUUCAGUGGUCCAGUAUGGCAGAGACCAAGAGGUCCAUUUCUAUCUGAACACAUACACCACCAAAGAUGAUGUUCUUGAUACUGUUAGAGGGCUGAGGCACAGAGGAGGCAGACCCCUCAACACCGGGGCAGCUCUCCAGUACGUCAGGGACAACGUCUUUACUGCCUCGUCUGGAAGCAGGCGUCUGGAAGGCGUUCCCCAGAUUCUGAUACUGCUGAAUGGUGGGCGGUCCUUUGACAGUGUCGAUGCACCAGCCUCUGCUCUCAAAGACCUUGGGGUCUCGGUGUUUGGCAUAGGAACGAGGACCUCUGAUGGCAGAGAAUUGCAAAAGAUCUCCUCAGAGCCAAGUUAUGCCCUCUCUGUGUCUGAGUUCACUGACCUCCCCAAUAUCCAAGAGCAGCUCCUUUCCUCCAUGACUAGAGUCCUAGUACAAGUAACAACCAUGACACCGACAGUGAUAGUUGAGCCCCAGGUUCCAAGAAGGGAUGUGGUGUUCUUGCUGGAUGGAUCUGAUAGCACUAGGAAUGGAUUCCCAGCAAUGCGUGACUUUGUCCAGAGAUUGGUGGAGACAAUGAAUGUGGAUGAGAACAAAGACCGCAUUUCAGUGGUUCAGUACAGCAGAGAUGCAGCUGUCCAAUUCUAUCUAAACACAUAUACAACAAAGGGAGAGAUUGUAGAUGCUGUCAGAGGUCUAAGACACAAAGGAGGAAGACCCCUAAACACUGGAGCAGCUCUCCAGCAUGUGAGGGACAAUGUGUUCACGGCUUCCGCAGGAAGCAGGCGUCUGGAAGGUGUUCCGCAGAUUCUGAUAUUGCUGAAUGGUGGGCGGUCAUUUGACAGUGUCGAUGCACCAGCCUCUGCUCUCAAAGAACUUGGGGUCUCGGUGUUUGGCAUAGGAACCAGGACCUCUGACAGCAGAGAAUUGCAAAAGAUCUCCUCAGAGCCAAGUUAUGCCCUCUCUGUGUCUGACUUCAGUGACCUUCCAAGCGUCCAACAGCAGCUUUUGUCCUCGGUGGAGACGGUGGUUGUAGACAUAACUGCAGAAACACCAACAGUCUUAGUUGAUCAUGACACCCCCAGAAAGGAUGUAGUAUUCCUUCUGGAUGGCUCUGAUGGCACAAGGAAUGGAUUUCCAGCCAUGCGUGACUUUGUUCAGAGAAUGGUGGAGAAGCUCAAUGUGGGAGUGAACAAAGAUCGAGUUUCAGUGGUCCAGUAUUGCAGAGACCAAGAGGUCCAUUUCUACCUGAACACAUACACCACCAAAGAUGAUGUUCUUGAUACUGUUAGAGGGCUGAAGCACAGAGGAGGCAGACCCCUCAACACCGGGGCAGCUCUCCAGUACGUCAGGGACAACGUCUUUACUGCCUCGUCUGGAAGCAGGCGUCUGGAAGGCGUUCCCCAGAUUCUGAUACUGCUGAAUGGUGGGCGGUCAUUUGACAGUGUCGACGCACCAGCCUCUGCUCUCAAAGAACUUGGGGUCUCGGUGUUUGGCAUAGGAACCAGGACCUCUGACAGCAGAGAAUUGCAAAAGAUAUCCUCAGAGCCAAGUUAUGCCCUCUCUGUGUCUGACUUCAGUGACCUUCCAAGCGUCCAACAGCAGCUUUUGUCCUCGGUGGAGACGGUGGUUAUAGAAGUAACUGCAGAAACACCAACGGUCUUAGUUGAUCAUGACACCACCAGAAAGGAUGUAGUAUUCCUUCUGGAUGGUUCUGAUGGCACUAGGAAUGGAUUCCCAGCCAUGCGUGACUUUGUUCAGAGAAUGGUGGAGAAGCUCAAUGUGGGAGUGAACAAAGACCGAGUUUCAGUGGUCCAGUAUGGCAGAGACCAAGAGGUCCAUUUCUAUCUGAACACAUACACAACCAAAGAUGAUGUUCUUGAUACUGUUAAAGGGCUGAGGCACAGAGGAGGCAGACCCCUCAACACCGGGGCAGCUCUCCAGUACGUCAGGGACAACGUCUUUACUGCCCCGUCUGGAAGCAGGCGUCUGGAAGGCGUUCCCCAGAUAUUGAUUCUAUUGAGCGGGAGCCGGUCCAGUGAUAAUGUUGAUACUCCAGCCACAGGCCUGAAAGAGAGCGGAGUGUUGAUCUUUGGCAUUGGAACCCGCAAUUCCAGCACAGAGGUUCAGAGAAUUGCCAGUGAUCCAAGUUAUGCCCAGUCUGUUGCUGAAUUCUCUGCUCUCCCCAAUGUUCAGCAGCAGUUUUCCUCCACCCUCAAUAGUGUACUUGUUGGCGUCACACCAAUCAUUCCAACAGUGACAGUUGAGCGCCAGAUACCCAGAAGGGAUGUGGUGUUCUUGCUGGAUGGUUCUGAUGGCACGAGGAAUGGAUUCCCAGCCAUGCGUGACUUUGUUCAGAGGACGGUGGAGAAGCUCAAUGUGGGAGUGAACAAAUACCGAGUUUCAGUGGUCCAGUAUGGCAGAGACCAAGAGGUCCAUUUCUAUCUGAACACAUACACCACCAAAGAUGAUGUUCUUGAUACUGUUAGAGGGCUGAGGCACAGAGGAGGCAGACCCCUCAACACCGGGGCAGCUCUCCAGUACGUCAGGGACAACGUCUUUACUGCCUCGUCUGGAAGCAGGCGUCUGGAAGGCGUUCCCCAGAUUCUGAUACUGCUGAAUGGUGGGCGGUCCUUUGACAGUGUCGAUGCACCAGCCUCUGCUCUCAAAGACCUUGGGGUCUCGGUGUUUGGCAUAGGAACGAGGACCUCUGAUGGCAGAGAAUUGCAAAAGAUCUCCUCAGAGCCAAGUUAUGCCCUCUCUGUGUCUGAGUUCACUGACCUCCCCAAUAUCCAAGAGCAGCUCCUUUCCUCCAUGACUAGAGUCCUAGUACAAGUAACAACCAUGACACCGACAGUGAUAGUUGAGCCCCAGGUUCCAAGAAGGGAUGUGGUGUUCUUGCUGGAUGGAUCUGAUAGCACUAGGAAUGGAUUCCCAGCAAUGCGUGACUUUGUCCAGAGAUUGGUGGAGACAAUGAAUGUGGAUGAGAACAAAGACCGCAUUUCAGUGGUUCAGUACAGCAGAGAUGCAGCUGUCCAAUUCUAUCUAAACACAUAUACAACAAAGGGAGAGAUUGUAGAUGCUGUCAGAGGUCUAAGACACAAAGGAGGAAGACCCCUAAACACUGGAGCAGCUCUCCAGCAUGUGAGGGACAAUGUGUUCACGGCUUCCGCAGGAAGCAGGCGUCUGGAAGGUGUUCCGCAGAUUCUGAUAUUGCUGAAUGGUGGGCGGUCAUUUGACAGUGUCGAUGCACCAGCCUCUGCUCUCAAAGAACUUGGGGUCUCGGUGUUUGGCAUAGGAACCAGGACCUCUGACAGCAGAGAAUUGCAAAAGAUCUCCUCAGAGCCAAGUUAUGCCCUCUCUGUGUCUGACUUCAGUGACCUUCCAAGCGUCCAACAGCAGCUUUUGUCCUCGGUGGAGACGGUGGUUGUAGACAUAACUGCAGAAACACCAACAGUCUUAGUUGAUCAUGACACCCCCAGAAAGGAUGUAGUAUUCCUUCUGGAUGGCUCUGAUGGCACAAGGAAUGGAUUUCCAGCCAUGCGUGACUUUGUUCAGAGAAUGGUGGAGAAGCUCAAUGUGGGAGUGAACAAAGAUCGAGUUUCAGUGGUCCAGUAUGGCAGAGACCAAGAGGUCCAUUUCUACCUGAACACAUACACCACCAAAGAUGAUGUUCUUGAUACUGUUAGAGGGCUGAAGCACAGAGGAGGCAGACCCCUCAACACCGGGGCAGCUCUCCAGUACGUCAGGGACAACGUCUUUACUGCCUCGUCUGGAAGCAGGCGUCUGGAAGGCGUUCCCCAGAUUCUGAUACUGCUGAAUGGUGGGCGGUCAUUUGACAGUGUCGACGCACCAGCCUCUGCUCUCAAAGAACUUGGGGUCUCGGUGUUUGGCAUAGGAACCAGGACCUCUGACAGCAGAGAAUUGCAAAAGAUAUCCUCAGAGCCAAGUUAUGCCCUCUCUGUGUCUGACUUCAGUGACCUUCCAAGCGUCCAACAGCAGCUUUUGUCCUCGGUGGAGACGGUGGUUAUAGAAGUAACUGCAGAAACACCAACGGUCUUAGUUGAUCAUGACACCACCAGAAAGGAUGUAGUAUUCCUUCUGGAUGGUUCUGAUGGCACUAGGAAUGGAUUCCCAGCCAUGCGUGACUUUGUUCAGAGAAUGGUGGAGAAGCUCAAUGUGGGAGUGAACAAAGACCGAGUUUCAGUGGUCCAGUAUGGCAGAGACCAAGAGGUCCAUUUCUAUCUGAACACAUACACCACCAAAGAUGAUGUUCUUGAUACUGUUAAAGGGCUGAGGCACAGAGGAGGCAGACCCCUCAACACCGGGGCAGCUCUCCAGUACGUCAGGGACAACGUCUUUACUGCCCCGUCUGGAAGCAGGCGUCUGGAAGGCGUUCCCCAGAUAUUGAUUCUAUUGAGCGGGAGCCGGUCCAGUGAUAAUGUUGAUACUCCAGCCACAGGCCUGAAAGAGAGCGGAGUGUUGAUCUUUGGCAUUGGAACCCGCAAUUCCAGCACAGAGGUUCAGAGAAUUGCCAGUGAUCCAAGUUAUGCCCAGUCUGUUGCUGAAUUCUCUGCUCUCCCCAAUGUUCAGCAGCAGUUUUCCUCCACCCUCAAUAGUGUACUUGUUGGCGUCACACCAAUCAUUCCAACAGUGACAGUUGAGCGCCAGAUACCCAGAAGGGAUGUGGUGUUCUUGCUGGAUGGUUCUGAUGGCACGAGGAAUGGAUUCCCAGCCAUGCGUGACUUUGUUCAGAGGACGGUGGAGAAGCUCAAUGUGGGAGUGAACAAAGACCGAGUUUCAGUGGUCCAGUAUGGCAGAGACCAAGAGGUCCAUUUCUAUCUGAACACAUACACCACCAAAGAUGAUGUUCUUGAUACUGUUAGAGGGCUGAGGCACAGAGGAGGCAGACCCCUCAACACCGGGGCAGCUCUCCAGUACGUCAGGGACAACGUCUUUACUGCCUCGUCUGGAAGCAGGCGUCUGGAAGGCGUUCCCCAGAUUCUGAUACUGCUGAAUGGUGGGCGGUCCUUUGACAGUGUCGAUGCACCAGCCUCUGCUCUCAAAGACCUUGGGGUCUCGGUGUUUGGCAUAGGAACGAGGACCUCUGAUGGCAGAGAAUUGCAAAAGAUCUCCUCAGAGCCAAGUUAUGCCCUCUCUGUGUCUGAGUUCACUGACCUCCCCAAUAUCCAAGAGCAGCUCCUUUCCUCCAUGACUAGAGUCCUAGUACAAGUAACAACCAUGACACCGACAGUGAUAGUUGAGCCCCAGGUUCCAAGAAGGGAUGUGGUGUUCUUGCUGGAUGGAUCUGAUAGCACUAGGAAUGGAUUCCCAGCAAUGCGUGACUUUGUCCAGAGAUUGGUGGAGACAAUGAAUGUGGAUGAGAACAAAGACCGCAUUUCAGUGGUUCAGUACAGCAGAGAUGCAGCUGUCCAAUUCUAUCUAAACACAUAUACAACAAAGGGAGAGAUUGUAGAUGCUGUCAGAGGUCUAAGACACAAAGGAGGAAGACCCCUAAACACUGGAGCAGCUCUCCAGCAUGUGAGGGACAAUGUGUUCACGGCUUCCGCAGGAAGCAGGCGUCUGGAAGGUGUUCCGCAGAUUCUGAUAUUGCUGAAUGGUGGGCGGUCAUUUGACAGUGUCGAUGCACCAGCCUCUGCUCUCAAAGAACUUGGGGUCUCGGUGUUUGGCAUAGGAACCAGGACCUCUGACAGCAGAGAAUUGCAAAAGAUCUCCUCAGAGCCAAGUUAUGCCCUCUCUGUGUCUGACUUCAGUGACCUUCCAAGCGUCCAACAGCAGCUUUUGUCCUCGGUGGAGACGGUGGUUGUAGACAUAACUGCAGAAACACCAACAGUCUUAGUUGAUCAUGACACCCCCAGAAAGGAUGUAGUAUUCCUUCUGGAUGGCUCUGAUGGCACAAGGAAUGGAUUUCCAGCCAUGCGUGACUUUGUUCAGAGAAUGGUGGAGAAGCUCAAUGUGGGAGUGAACAAAGAUCGAGUUUCAGUGGUCCAGUAUGGCAGAGACCAAGAGGUCCAUUUCUACCUGAACACAUACACCACCAAAGAUGAUGUUCUUGAUACUGUUAGAGGGCUGAAGCACAGAGGAGGCAGACCCCUCAACACCGGGGCAGCUCUCCAGUACGUCAGGGACAACGUCUUUACUGCCUCGUCUGGAAGCAGGCGUCUGGAAGGCGUUCCCCAGAUUCUGAUACUGCUGAAUGGUGGGCGGUCAUUUGACAGUGUCGACGCACCAGCCUCUGCUCUCAAAGAACUUGGGGUCUCGGUGUUUGGCAUAGGAACCAGGACCUCUGACAGCAGAGAAUUGCAAAAGAUAUCCUCAGAGCCAAGUUAUGCCCUCUCUGUGUCUGACUUCAGUGACCUUCCAAGCGUCCAACAGCAGCUUUUGUCCUCGGUGGAGACGGUGGUUAUAGAAGUAACUGCAGAAACACCAACGGUCUUAGUUGAUCAUGACACCACCAGAAAGGAUGUAGUAUUCCUUCUGGAUGGUUCUGAUGGCACUAGGAAUGGAUUCCCAGCCAUGCGUGACUUUGUUCAGAGAAUGGUGGAGAAGCUCAAUGUGGGAGUGAACAAAGACCGAGUUUCAGUGGUCCAGUAUGGCAGAGACCAAGAGGUCCAUUUCUAUCUGAACACAUACACCACCAAAGAUGAUGUUCUUGAUACUGUUAAAGGGCUGAGGCACAGAGGAGGCAGACCCCUCAACACCGGGGCAGCUCUCCAGUACGUCAGGGACAACGUCUUUACUGCCCCGUCUGGAAGCAGGCGUCUGGAAGGCGUUCCCCAGAUAUUGAUUCUAUUGAGCGGGAGCCGGUCCAGUGAUAAUGUUGAUACCCCAGCCACAGGCCUGAAAGAGAGCGGAGUGUUGAUCUUUGGCAUUGGAACCCGCAAUUCCAGCACAGAGGUUCAGAGAAUUGCCAGUGAUCCAAGUUAUGCCCAGUCUGUUGCUGAAUUCUCUGCUCUCCCCAAUGUUCAGCAGCAGUUUUCCUCCACCCUCAAUAGUGUACUUGUUGGCGUCACACCAAUCAUUCCAACAGUGACAGUUGAGCGCCAGAUACCCAGAAGGGAUGUGGUGUUCUUGCUGGAUGGUUCUGAUGGCACGAGGAAUGGAUUCCCAGCCAUGCGUGACUUUGUUCAGAGGACGGUGGAGAAGCUCAAUGUGGGAGUGAACAAAGACCGAGUUUCAGUGGUCCAGUAUGGCAGAGACCAAGAGGUCCAUUUCUAUCUGAACACAUACACCACCAAAGAUGAUGUUCUUGAUACUGUUAGAGGGCUGAGGCACAGAGGAGGCAGACCCCUCAACACCGGGGCAGCUCUCCAGUACGUCAGGGACAACGUCUUUACUGCCUCGUCUGGAAGCAGGCGUCUGGAAGGCGUUCCCCAGAUUCUGAUACUGCUGAAUGGUGGGCGGUCCUUUGACAGUGUCGAUGCACCAGCCUCUGCUCUCAAAGACCUUGGGGUCUCGGUGUUUGGCAUAGGAACGAGGACCUCUGAUGGCAGAGAAUUGCAAAAGAUCUCCUCAGAGCCAAGUUAUGCCCUCUCUGUGUCUGAGUUCACUGACCUCCCCAAUAUCCAAGAGCAGCUCCUUUCCUCCAUGACUAGAGUCCUAGUACAAGUAACAACCAUGACACCGACAGUGAUAGUUGAGCCCCAGGUUCCAAGAAGGGAUGUGGUGUUCUUGCUGGAUGGAUCUGAUAGCACUAGGAAUGGAUUCCCAGCAAUGCGUGACUUUGUCCAGAGAUUGGUGGAGACAAUGAAUGUGGAUGAGAACAAAGACCGCAUUUCAGUGGUUCAGUACAGCAGAGAUGCAGCUGUCCAAUUCUAUCUAAACACAUAUACAACAAAGGGAGAGAUUGUAGAUGCUGUCAGAGGUCUAAGACACAAAGGAGGAAGACCCCUAAACACUGGAGCAGCUCUCCAGCAUGUGAGGGACAAUGUGUUCACGGCUUCCGCAGGAAGCAGGCGUCUGGAAGGUGUUCCGCAGAUUCUGAUAUUGCUGAAUGGUGGGCGGUCAUUUGACAGUGUCGAUGCACCAGCCUCUGCUCUCAAAGAACUUGGGGUCUCGGUGUUUGGCAUAGGAACCAGGACCUCUGACAGCAGAGAAUUGCAAAAGAUCUCCUCAGAGCCAAGUUAUGCCCUCUCUGUGUCUGACUUCAGUGACCUUCCAAGCGUCCAACAGCAGCUUUUGUCCUCGGUGGAGACGGUGGUUGUAGACAUAACUGCAGAAACACCAACAGUCUUAGUUGAUCAUGACACCCCCAGAAAGGAUGUAGUAUUCCUUCUGGAUGGCUCUGAUGGCACAAGGAAUGGAUUUCCAGCCAUGCGUGACUUUGUUCAGAGAAUGGUGGAGAAGCUCAAUGUGGGAGUGAACAAAGAUCGAGUUUCAGUGGUCCAGUAUGGCAGAGACCAAGAGGUCCAUUUCUACCUGAACACAUACACCACCAAAGAUGAUGUUCUUGAUACUGUUAGAGGGCUGAAGCACAGAGGAGGCAGACCCCUCAACACCGGGGCAGCUCUCCAGUACGUCAGGGACAACGUCUUUACUGCCUCGUCUGGAAGCAGGCGUCUGGAAGGCGUUCCCCAGAUUCUGAUACUGCUGAAUGGUGGGCGGUCAUUUGACAGUGUCGACGCACCAGCCUCUGCUCUCAAAGAACUUGGGGUCUCGGUGUUUGGCAUAGGAACCAGGACCUCUGACAGCAGAGAAUUGCAAAAGAUAUCCUCAGAGCCAAGUUAUGCCCUCUCUGUGUCUGACUUCAGUGACCUUCCAAGCGUCCAACAGCAGCUUUUGUCCUCGGUGGAGACGGUGGUUAUAGAAGUAACUGCAGAAACACCAACGGUCUUAGUUGAUCAUGACACCACCAGAAAGGAUGUAGUAUUCCUUCUGGAUGGUUCUGAUGGCACUAGGAAUGGAUUCCCAGCCAUGCGUGACUUUGUUCAGAGAAUGGUGGAGAAGCUCAAUGUGGGAGUGAACAAAGACCGAGUUUCAGUGGUCCAGUAUGGCAGAGACCAAGAGGUCCAUUUCUAUCUGAACACAUACACAACCAAAGAUGAUGUUCUUGAUACUGUUAAAGGGCUGAGGCACAGAGGAGGCAGACCCCUCAACACCGGGGCAGCUCUCCAGUACGUCAGGGACAACGUCUUUACUGCCCCGUCUGGAAGCAGGCGUCUGGAAGGCGUUCCCCAGAUAUUGAUUCUAUUGAGCGGGAGCCGGUCCAGUGAUAAUGUUGAUACCCCAGCCACAGGCCUGAAAGAGAGCGGAGUGUUGAUCUUUGGCAUUGGAACCCGCAAUUCCAGCACAGAGGUUCAGAGAAUUGCCAGUGAUCCAAGUUAUGCCCAGUCUGUUGCUGAAUUCUCUGCUCUCCCCAAUGUUCAGCAGCAGUUUUCCUCCACCCUCAAUAGUGUACUUGUUGGCGUCACACCAAUCAUUCCAACAGUGACAGUUGAGCGCCAGAUACCCAGAAGGGAUGUGGUGUUCUUGCUGGAUGGUUCUGAUGGCACGAGGAAUGGAUUCCCAGCCAUGCGUGACUUUGUUCAGAGGACGGUGGAGAAGCUCAAUGUGGGAGUGAACAAAGACCGAGUUUCAGUGGUCCAGUAUGGCAGAGACCAAGAGGUCCAUUUCUAUCUGAACACAUACACCACCAAAGAUGAUGUUCUUGAUACUGUUAGAGGGCUGAGGCACAGAGGAGGCAGACCCCUCAACACCGGGGCAGCUCUCCAGUACGUCAGGGACAACGUCUUUACUGCCUCGUCUGGAAGCAGGCGUCUGGAAGGCGUUCCCCAGAUUCUGAUACUGCUGAAUGGUGGGCGGUCCUUUGACAGUGUCGAUGCACCAGCCUCUGCUCUCAAAGACCUUGGGGUCUCGGUGUUUGGCAUAGGAACGAGGACCUCUGAUGGCAGAGAAUUGCAAAAGAUCUCCUCAGAGCCAAGUUAUGCCCUCUCUGUGUCUGAGUUCACUGACCUCCCCAAUAUCCAAGAGCAGCUCCUUUCCUCCAUGACUAGAGUCCUAGUACAAGUAACAACCAUGACACCGACAGUGAUAGGUAAGAAUGUGAUGUUUUACACACAAAGUUCAUGUUCAAUAGUUUCCCUGGUUGGAGUAGUGGAGAUCUUUUUGCAAUGGCUCAUUAGAUUCCCAACGAGCUUCUUCAAAUUCAAGCAUGUGCCUCUCUAGGAAAUUCUUACUACCAUAGCUCCUAUCUCAGCUCAU